UUCAUUACUGAGUUGGCAAUUGGCAGAGCAAUCAUAAUAAGUUUUUGCUUCUCUGAGUAGGAUUGGAUGGACAGACUGAUGGGGUUGCCCUUGCCCCAGUGCAACUAUUAUCUAUUUAAACAUCUCAAUCAGGAGUCUGUAGAGAGCAAUUUGCCAAGAUUUGCUAAUUGCGUGAUACGAUUCCCUCUCGAAGAUUCAAGUGUGAGCGGCACAAUAAUCAUGGCCGAGGGUGAUCCCUCUGACGCGGUGCUAUUCGUCGGGAUCAGCUUAGUGUUGGGGAUAGCCUGUAGGCACGCUCUCGGAGGGACGCCUGUGCCCUACACUCUCGCUUUACUUCUUCUCGGCAUUGCCCUUGGCGCCUUAGAAUACGGAACACACCAUAGGUUGGGAAAGCUUGGCGAUGGGAUCCAUCUUUGGGCUAAUAUUGAUCCUGAACUUCUCUUGGUUGUGUUCCUUCCCGCACUUCUCUUCGAGAGUUCAUUUUCAAUGGAAGUGCACCAGAUAAAGAGGUGUAUAAUGCAAAUGUUUCUACUUGCUGUUCCUGGAGUUCUCAUUUCAACCUUUUGUCUUGGAGCUGCUCUGAAGCUUGCUUUCCCUUAUAACUGGAGCUGGAAAACAUCAUUACUGCUUGGUGGUCUCCUCAGUGCUACUGAUCCUGUGGCUGUCAUAGCCCUCCUGAAAGAGCUGGGAGCUAGCAAAAAAUUGAGUACAAUAAUUGAAGGAGAGUCUUUGAUGAAUGAUGGGAUAGCAAUUGUUGUCUAUCAAUUGUUUUACCGGAUGAUUCUUGGCUGGGAUUUCAACUGGGGUGGCUUAGUAAAAUUUUUGUCAGAAGUCUCUCUUGGAGCUGUGGCUAUGGGUCUUGCUUUUGGAAUAGCAUCUGUCUUUUGGCUAGGAUUUAUAUUCACUGACACUGUUAUUGAGAUUUCUCUCACACUUGCUGUGAGCUACCUAGCAUUUUUCACUGCCCAAGAAGGAUUUGAAAUUUCAGGAAUUUUGGCUGUCACGACUUUGGGGAUGUUCUACUCUGCUGUGGCUCGCACCGCCUUUAAGGAAGAAAGUCAGCAAAGUUUACAUCAUUUUUGGGAAAUGGUUGCCUAUAUUGCUAAUACUUUAGUCUUCAUCUUAAGUGGUGUAGUUAUAGCUGAAAGUGUUCUCAGCAGCGACAUCAUAUUUAAAACCCAAGAAAAUUCUUGGGGUUAUCUGGUCCUUCUGUAUGUGCUUGUUCAAGUAGCUAGAGCAAUUGUGGUUGGAGUAUUGUUUCCAUUUAUGCAAUAUUUUGGUUAUGGUCUGGACUGGAGAGAAGCCACUAUUCUUUUCUGGUCUGGCCUGCGUGGGGCAGUAUCACUGGCGCUGUCACUCUCUGUAAAGCGUUCCAGUGAUAAUUCACCAUAUAUCUCUCCCGAUACUGGAGAUUUGUUUGUCUUUUUGACCGGUGGAAUCGUGUUUCUUACUCUGAUUGUGAAUGGGUCUACUACACAAUUUAUUUUACAUUUUCUUAAGAUGGAUAAUCUUUCGCCAGCAAAGAAACGGAUAUUGAAUUACACAAAGUAUGAAAUGUUAAAGAAGGCACUGGAAGCCUUUGGUGAUCUUAGGGAUGAUGAAGAACUAGGACCAGCUGACUGGACUACUGUUAGGAGAUACAUAAAGAGCCUAAACGAUGCGGAUGGUGAACAAAUACACCCUCAUUCUGUAUCUGAAAAUAAUAAUAUUCUGGACUGUAUGAAUUUGAAAGAUAUUCGAGUUCGCUUUUUAAAUGGUGUUCAGGCAGCCUACUGGAUCAUGCUUGAUGAGGGAAGGAUUAACCAAACUACCGCUAAUCUUCUAAUGCGAUCUGUUGAUGAAGCGCUUGACCUUGUAUCUCAUGAAUCCCUGUGUGAUUGGAAAGGUUUAAAAUCUUAUGUGAAUAUCCCAAAUCACUUUAAGUUUUUUCAAUCAAGCAUUAUCUCUCAAAAGCUUGUUACAUACUUUACUGUUGAGAGAUUAGAGUCUGCUUGCUAUAUUUGCGUGGGCUUUCUUCGCGCCCACAGAAUUGCAAGAGCGAAACUACACGACUUUAUUGGAGACAGUGAGAUUGCAGCCAUGGUUAUUAGCGAAAGUGAGCAAGAGGGUGAGGAAGCAAGACACUUUUUAGAUGAUGUUCGUGUUACGUUUCCUCAGGUGCUACGUGUUGUGAAAACAAGACAAGUUACAUAUUCAGUGCUGAUUCAUUUGAUUGAAUAUGUUAAUAAUCUUGAGAAGAUAGGGUUACUAGAAAAAAGGGAGAUGAUUCACCUUCAUGAUGCUGUCCAGACUGACUUGAAAAAAUUCCUAAGAAAUCCACCGUUGGUGAAAACUCCCAAAAUAAAGGAUCUGAUAUCAGCAAAUCCUCUGCUAGGAGCACUACCAGCCACAGCACGUGAGGCACUAGCAGGAUCUACAAAAGAAAUAAUGAGACUAUCUGGAACCACCCUUUAUAAGGAGGGAUCAAAGCCAACUGGUAUCUGGUUAUUGUCAAAUGGAGUGGUGAAGUGGUCAACUAAAGAUACAAGUACUAAUCAGUUCCUGCAUCCAACGUUUACUCAUGGGAGUACUCUGGGACUGUAUGAAGUGCUUGCUGAAAAGCCCUACACCUGCGAUAUUGUUACCAACUCUGUGGUCAUGUGCUUCUUUAUUGAGACUGAAAAAAUACUCUCUGUAUUGAGAUCUGAUCCUGCUGUGGAAGAUUUCUUUUGGCGGGAAAGUACUAUUGUUCUUGUUAAAAUCAUGCUUCCUCGCGUGUUUGAGAAAAUGUCAAUGCAAGACCUGCGAACGCUUAUUGCUGAAAGAUCAAUAUUGAAUGUCUACAUCAGAGGGAAGAGUUUUGAGUUACUCCCUCAAUCUGUCGGUUUCCUAUUGGAAGGUUUCAUAAGACAACAAGGUGGGGAAGAAGAGAUGCUUACAGCUCCCGCAGCUAUUUUGCCAUGUCCAGAUCAAAGUUUCUCCCAAUCAGAAACAUUAGCUGGCGCCGAAGCGGGAAGUUCCUAUCGUCAAGUGCCGGUGUAUCAAGUUGAGACGAGGUCAAGGGUGAUCAUAUUUGACAUCGCAGGAUUUGAGGCUGGCAGAAGUCUUCAGAAGAGUACAUCUUCUCUAAUAUCGCAUUCGGCUGAUCGUCACUCUGGAUCUUUCGGUAGAGAGCAUAGUGGUCUUAUUAAUUGGCCUCAACAUCUUUUGAAUUCUAGUCGUCAUGAUGGGGAAACUUCAGGUGACAAUGCUGUUUGAUCAGAAGUCGAGUAAAGUCGGCACACAGUCUUUCGAAUCCAAGAGUUCCUUCGGUUCCUACACAGCGUCUAAUGGUUUCAGCCAAACCAGAAGGGUUGACUACAUUGAAACAGAAAUUUAGAGUUCACGAGUAUGAACAAGUAGGCAAUGCACCAGAAUCCGAUGAAAGCCGUGCAAGAAGGGAUGAAUGAAGUGAUGCUUCUGGGGUGAGGAAGAACAUAUUGUGAGAAUUUUAUUCGCCAAACAGACCGCCUUUUCGACAAGCUCCUUGAAUCGCCAUUGUUGUCGUCCCUGCAGUUGGAUGCUACUUUCAAUUAUACCUCUGUUUAUAGGAUAUCAUGUUUCAUGAUGUUUUAUUCUAUAAGCUAAGCUGAGCUACAUUAACCGAAUGGGCUUGGACUUGAUACAAUCGUACUUAAUCAUUUUCACAAUACUGUUGAUGUUAAUGAUUCACAUUUCACAUACUCCCAUAGCAUGGCAUAAUCUAUAUAUAUCCUUU